AUGAUCAUUCUAUCAUACUUCGACCGUCAACACAACAAUAUUAUUCAUGAGUACGUUGCUCGAAAUGAUGACGUCGCGAUUCUGUCGGCCACAUACUACAGCACUUCCAAAAGCUUUGAAAACGAUACCGUCGUAUUUCUUCUAAACGCUCAUCAAGUGCUCCAUCUCAAGCACUCAGAGCUACAAGGCAUAUCGACAAACUCGUCAGGGCCAAUGAAAACCACAUUCAGGAUAUAUCCGGUAGUCCAGCAGCUUCCGUUCUAUUGCAAGUGGGUACCAUUCAUCGCUGUCGGGCGUGUGAGCGCAAGCAUGACUUCGUUACAACUGUCCACGGGAACCACAGCUAUAACGAUCCCUGUUCGUCAACCUUACACGGAAUCUCAUGAUGUCGUCGCCUGCUUUUCGCCAUUAUUUCUUAACGAGCGAUGGCAACUGCUACUGUUGACGGCUGAGGUGUACAGCCACUACGGAGCUGCUAUGCAUUUCUAUGUGCGCUCGAUGAUCACGGAUCUGUUCUCUAUCAUCAUCAGAUAUCCAAACGUGCGAGUUAAUCCAUGGCCAGCUCUACAGUUGGGUUCAAAAAGAGCUGCUGCACAAUCAUUUGAUCCCAACUUUGAGCUGGAGUUUCGCAAUCAAGCAGCCGCCAUGACUGAUUGUCUUCUGCUGUAUAAAGAAUCAGCACAAUUCAUUGUAUUCCCAGACACGGAUGACAUUAUCAUUCCUCGUCUUGGAAGGACAUACUUGGACGAAUUCCAAAGAGUUUUUUCAAUGUAUCCAGAAGCAGCUGUAGUAGCCUACAAUAUGAGUCAAUCUGGUAUCACAACAACAACAGCUGCAUCAACUUACUCACCAGCCGAUGUUCUAAUGUCCCUGCGAUUCAAAGGUGAAACGCGCUGGGGUAAAAUUGUGGUGAAGCCGGAAAGAGUCGACAGUGCUUGGAUUCACAGAAGCUAUGGAAUACGCGAUGGCUACGAACAGAUAUCUCUUCCCAUCGAGAUGAAUUCUGCUCUUCACCUAAGAUUCUGGAAUUUUGACAACAGUACCCUGUCAGAGAAGAGCCAACCUCCCAUCUACGAUCCACUUCUGACCACUUUGGCAAACGAUCCCUUGGUCCGAAGUGACGAUUUGGAACAGAUCCAGAAAAAUUUCAAGAAUAACAUGAAAAAUGCGUCCAACAUCUACGAGCGACUGCCAGCUGUAUCCAUUUACUAUCCCCUUAUAGAACAGUGCUACAAUCGGAUAUUCUACAAUGGAGAGCAGCACAGCAAGUGCAAAGGCCCAGAACUUUGCGAUCUUCCACAGUUUCCUGGUGUGCGAUGUGUAAAUGUAAAGAGUGAAUUUGAGACUUUCGAAGGCUAUGACAGAAUUUUUCUCCAUCGCCUUGUCGAUGCUCGAUUUGAGCACAGCGGUCUUGGAUGUACUAUGUAA